UCCGCUGCCUCCCCACCUGUUUCCCUUUGUCAUCAUCCAUCCAUCCCCUUUGUUAAUUCUCUCUCUCUUUCUCUCUCUAUCUCAUAACAAUUCUCUUCACAAGAAAAACCUUAUACCCACCAUUAAAUACGCCGUUUCCGACCACUUCUUCUCCGAUUACAUGCUCCUUCUCUUCAAGAACCAGAUCUGAUCAUAUACCAACAAGUUCUAUAUUAGAAGAUAAGAAAGAUGUUUCAACCUAACCUUUUUGAUGCUCAUCACCAUCAUCACCAUCAUUUGCUUGACAUGGGUAAUCACAUGAAAGAUGUAACUCCCGAUAACGAGUUAGAUUUGAUCAGAGACAUCGAAGAUUUCGAUACCAAAUCUCUACCGGACAUAAUGGAAGGCACACUCGGCGAUGAUGAUCAAGAUCAAGAUCCCAAUCAACGCCCAAACAAAAAGAAACGAUACUGCCGUCACACACAGCACCAGAUCCAAGAAAUGGAACUAUUCUUUAAGGAGUGCCCUCAUCCAGAUGAUAAGCAAAGAAAGGAACUUGGACGUCGAUUAAGUUUGGAACCAUUGCAAAUCAAAUUUUGGUUUCAAAACAAGCGUACCCAGAUGAAAGUGCAGACUGAGCGAUAUGAGAAUUCGCAGUUGAGGGCUGAGAAUGAGAAGCUGCGAAAUGAUAACAUUCGGUUUAAGGAAACUCUUGGUAAUGCUGCUUGUCCUAGCUGCGGUGGUCCAGCCGCCAUUGGGGAGAUGUCGUUUGACGAACAACAUCUUAGGAUUGAAAAUGCGCGUCUUCGCGAAGAGAUAGAUAGAAUAUCUGGAAUUGCUGCAAAGUAUGUAGGCAAACCAAUGCUAACAUAUUCAAAUGCUCCAAUGCGUCCUCUUGAUCUUGGAGUUGAAGGCUUUGGACCACCACCACCACAAGGUUUGAUGGUUAACAUGUAUGGUGGAGCUUCUGGUGACCUUCUCCGGUCAAUUUCAGGUCCAACCGAAGCUGACAAACCUAUAAUCAUCGAGCUUGCGGUUUCUGCAAUGGAAGAGCUACUCAGAAUGGCUCAAGCUGGAGACCCUCUAUGGAUUCCUUGCAGCCAAGAUGAAAACUAUGAGAUUUUGAGUGAAGAAGAGUAUCUAAGAACAUUCUCUCGUGGUCUUGGCCCCAAACCUGCUGGAAUUAAAUCUGAAGCUUCCAGAGAUUCUGCAAUUGUCAUCAUGAAUCACAUUAACCUCGUUGAAAUCCUCAUGGAUGUGAACCAAUGGUCUGGUGUGUUUUCUGGCAUUGUCUCAAGAGCUAUAACUGUGGAAAUUCUUUCAACUGGAGUGGCAGGGAACUACAAUGGAGCCCUCCAAGUGAUGACAGCUGAAUUUCAAGUUCCUUCUCCUCUGGUUCCCACAAGGGAAAACUAUUUCGUUCGAUACUGCAAGCAGCAUGGCGACGGGUCUUGGGCGAUUGCUGAUGUUUCUCUCGACAGUCUACGCUCAGCCUCGGUGUUGCCAAGAUGCAGAAGACGUCCAUCUGGUUGCAUAAUUCAAGGAUUACCCAAUGGAUACUCAAAGGUUACCUGGGUGGAACAUGUUGAGGUCGAUGAUCGAGCCAUACACAACAUGUACAAACCUCUUGUGAACUCUGGGCUCGCAUUCGGUGCAAGGCGAUGGGUCGCGACCCUGGAGCGACAAUGCGAACGUUUCGCUAGUGCCAUGGCCAAUAGCAUUCCACCUGAAGAUAUUGGAGUUAUAACUACUCCCGAGGGGAGGAAAAGCAUGUUGAAACUAGCUGAAAGAAUGGUGAUAAGCUUUUGUUCCGGGGUUGGAGCUUCUACAUCCCAAACCUGGACCACUUUGUCUGGAAGUGGCGAGGACGACGUGAGAGUCAUGACCCGUAAGAGUAUGGAUGACCCUGGAAGGCCCCCGGGCGUGGUUCUUAGUGCUGCAACUUCGUUUUGGCUGCCAGUUCCUCCCAAAAGAGUGUUCGACUUUCUUCGCGAUGAGAAUUCCCGAAGCGAGUGGGAUAUCCUGUCCAAUGGUGGUCUGGUUCAAGAAAUGGCACAUAUUGCCAAUGGUCGCGACCCUGGCAACUCGAUUUCCCUAUUACGGGUUAAUCAGAAUGAAAACUCAAGCCAGAGUAACAUGCUGAUACUACAAGAGAGCUGCACAGAUUCAACAGGUUCUUACGUAAUAUAUGCACCUGUUGAUAUUGCAGCAAUGAAUGUGGUUUUGAGCGGAGGCGAUCCAGAUUAUGUCGCCCUCCUGCCAUCGGGUUUCGCCAUCUUACCUUAUAAUGGAGGACCCGAAGGAGGUGGUGGUUCUCUGUUAACUGUUGCUUUCCAAAUCUUGGUUGAUUCGAUCCCGACUGCAAAGCUCUCUCUUGGAUCAGUUGCAACUGUUAACAGCCUCAUCAAGUGUACUGUUGAAAGGAUUAAAUCAGCUGUUGGUGGAGAUCAGAAUGCUUGUCCAUCUGCCAUGCCUUAAAGUGGAUGUGGAUUUGAAGGAGGAUGUGUUUACUGAAAAGCAAGCGAAAGGAAGGAGUCAAGAGCGAACCGGAUCUGCAAGAACUAUGGGUUCGGGAAUUGACUUUGUAGUUUGGUUUGUAGAUCAGUAAAUCGUCAGUACCUUCAAGAAAGAUUUUAGUAUUAGUAAUAGUAGAAGAGAAAUUUACUAGCAAUGGGUUUAUUCAUGUUAUUCCUAAGAAUUAAUUUAUAAAAAGAUAUGUAGUGUGAAAUUUGAUGGAAUUUAUUGUCCUUACAGUUUAUGGUUUUAGGCAAAAACAGAAAAAGUUUCAUAUUUGAUAUGAGAAUGUUAAUGAAUUGUCUAAUUACUUUUA